CGUUUAUUCUGCAAAGGGCACAUUUGUCAACAAACGGCACAGAAACAUGGCCUUCCUGGGACGCAUUUUUCGCCGGGGAAACCACUUCCUAACGCUAAAGCAGUACGAAAACGUUCAAGUUGCCCGCGGAAACCCACAAGAUCUGGUGCAGAAGGUAGCGGUAGCGGAGAGCGGCAACUGUUUUGUGGCCUGGCACCCCAAGCCGGACUUUCCGUACGAGUUCAGCAGACCGCUCGAUGCGGUGGGCACGGAACCGAGUGUGAAUCUCGUGCGGGAUGACAUAAUCAACGCUAGCCGGGGUGCGUUAAAAGCAAAACAUCCGGAGUUCGUGCGCCAAGAGCUGAGCAAACUAACCUUCACGACAAAACACCGGUGGUUCCCGAGGGCACGAGACAAGCGGGCGAAGAAGACGCCGAUGGAUCGACCGUACCUGUAGAGAGCGAUGGGGUGGGUGCAUUGUUUACUCUGCAUCCCUGUGUUAGUGUAGUAGUGUGAAAUACACGCAAAAAGGCAUUUGCAUGAAGAGAAAUCUAUUCUAAUUCACAUUAA